AUGUCACGGCAAAAUGGGGCUACUUCUUCCCUGGCAUCUACUUUAGAGACCACCCAUGGAACACCGAGGACCAUCUCGAGCCCCCAUCCAUCAGUUUCGACAGUUGAAGGAAACACAGCCAAUAGCACUCCUCCUUCCUCGAUCGAUUUAUCAUCGAAAACGAGCUGUUCAACAGGUACGGUUCGGGGGAAAGUGCAAAUACCGAAACUUUCGGCAGCCACUACAGAGCUCCUUUCACGGAUCGCUGGUAACAUAAGAGGAGAUCAGCAGAAGAAUGAUAACUUCACUACCCGUUGGAGCACUUCAAUCUUUGAUCCAAGCUUGAAUAGUUUGAAUUUUCAAAAGUUCAACACGAUGAAGGCCUCUUCCACAAUCAUAGAGCUGCCCACGGCGCCGUUCGCUUAUACGAACAAUACACUGGCACCUACAGCAGUUUCCAACCAAGCCCCUAUAACGUCUGGGGACGGCUCCUCGAGACCCAAGAAGCCCGUUACCAUUGCUCCCAAACCAAGUGUAACAGUAUCAGCUGGUCCAUCGGCGACAUUGGCGCCAUCUCAGAUACAACAAACAUUGCCAUCACAACCUACGGCUCUGAUCCCAAAUCCUCCUCUGGCACCGCUGGCGCCGUCUCAAAUACAAACAACAUUCCAACCACAGCCUAGGGGUCUUAAACCUAAGGCUCCUCUGGUCUCAUUGGCCCCGAAGCCUGCAAAAGUCCCAGACGGCAACCCACAAAAAGCAACCCCCGGACAACGCUCACGCAAAAAUGCUUCAAAUGGGUCCAGAAAAUCGAGAAAACGGAGACGCGGCGGUGAUAGUGACGGCGAAGACAUUAUAAGGGCUGGUGACUCCAGUUCGGAUGAAUCCGACGUCGCCCCUACCGCCACUCAAACAAAGUCCGGCAGACAAGUGAACCGACCGUCAUUAUAUGUACCUCCAGCUUCAUCUCCAGCCAUUACCAAGGCGAACGGCACUUCCUCCCAUGGCUCAGAGACUAUAGGUGCGCGAAGACACAAGCGCGUGUUUCGCAAGACGAAGGAGGCGUAUGUCAACUGUAUGCAUUGCCAAAGAGGUCAUAGCCCGCAGAGCAAUGCUAUUGUAUUCUGCGACGGGUGUAAUCGAGCAUGGCAUCAACUCUGUCAUGACCCUCCGAUCGACUCUGAUGUUGUGAACGUGGUGGAGAAGGAAUGGCACUGCCGGGAAUGCAAGCCUGUGCAAAUCUCCAUCGUCCAGCCAACAGUUGUCAGGAGCAACCCUGAUUUACAAGCUCAAGCAUUGCGUCAUCCACUACAACACCAUGUGCCUUCUCCCAAGACCGAAGUAGGAGGCGAGCGCUUUUCUGCGGAGGAGCGGCGGGGUUAUUUGUCGAGCCUCUCUCACGCAAGUCUCGUCGAGCUUCUUGUCACUAUAUCGGACCGGAAUCCCUCCUUGUCGAUGUUUCCAAGCAAUUUAAAGGAACUGCAGUUGUCGAAAUUUCUAUUCACCUCAAAUACAUCAGCUGGUCCAGUCUCGGCAGCAACUUCCACUGAGACAAUUACAACAACCGAAACACCGGUCUCUCACUCGGGGAAAGACACGACUUCUGAGAAGCCGAGCACUGAGAAUACUGAGGAACCAUUGCCAUCAGCUUCUUCUUCACGGAAGAGACACUGGUACGAGUCAGAUGAAGAGUCAGAAUACGAGGAGUUUCAAGAGCAUCGACUGUACCCACGCGCUGGAAAUGGGUUUCGUCUCUCGCUCAACGCCGACGAUGUUGACAUCAUGCGUGAAGACCCAGAUUGUCCCACUUUUAGCUAUGCAUUGCAUGGGCCGGCCAAAGCUCGCGCCGAGGCCAAUGAAACUGCACCUGUAUGGGGGGCUGCGUGA